UGACUGUCGCCCCUCCACACCGAUAAGAUCUUAUCGCCACGUGCUCAGGCGCAUAGUCGGCGUUUGACACGCCGACCGAAUUAAGAAGUCUCGUGCAUUUGCCAUCGUCGACAACUACGUCCAUCAGUGUCAAUAUGUCUGUUCCGUCGCGAUUUGUUUGCUGCGCCUGCAGAAGUAUUGCGGGCAGGGUGUCGAAGCCUGCGUCAGUCUUCAAUGGCUUGACAAUCCGGACUGCCAGCAAGACUUCGAGAAGCGCCUUCAGUACCAGCACAUUACGGAGGAAAGACAAGCAGGAUCCCACCAACACCGACCCAGAAUAUGCAUUUCUCGACGCCAAAUACCCCGUAGAAACCGAAGUGGAAGCGCAAGAAACCAUUGCUGCGACUGAAAAUGUCAUCGAGCCCGAGUCCGUCGCAGAAGACAUCACCGAGUCCAUAGCGGAAGCAAAACCCGCCACAGCAACACCAGCCGUCCCAUGGUACCUAAAGCAGCAAUCUGCACCGCGCGCGCCCGUCUUAGACGCUGAGAUCCCCGACUUGCCCGUCAAUCCACCGCCGAUCCUCGCACAAAUCCUCGAAUACCUCGCCAUUACAGCUGGUCUCGACGACCUGCGCCUGCUCGAUCUGCGCGAUCUCGACCCCCCGCCCGCCCUCGGGCCAAAGUUGAUCAUGCUGAUCACCACUGCACGCUCCGAGCGCCACCUACAUGUUGCCGCGGACCGCUUCGCACGCUGGCUGCGGCGCGAGCACGGGCUCAAGGCCAACGCGGCAGGGCUGCUGGGCCGCAACGAGCUGAAGAUCAAGCUGCGGCGCAAGGCGAAGCGCAUGCGCAUGCUUGCCAAUGUCGGCGGCGCGAUGCCCGAGGGCAACAUCGAUGACGGGAUUCGCACCGGCUGGAUCUGCUGCACGCUGUCCAAGGUCGAGGCCCACCCCGAGGACACACAUAUGCCUGGCGACGAUGUGAAGGAAUUCAUCGGUUUCAGGGAUGUCAAGCCCGGUGUCAAUAUCGUCGUGCAGAUGUUCACCGAGGAGAAGCGGGACGAGACUGACUUAGAGACGCUGUGGGGCGGCGUGCUAAGGACGAAGAAGAGGGAGGAGCGGUCGGCAGAUGAGACACUCAGAGCGAUUGAGCAAGAUUUGGAGGAUAUGGAGACCGAGGAUGCGGACGAGAAGGCUGCAAAUUUGGAAGAGGCGGAGGAGAGUACACCAGCUCCGAAGUCUGCAACACCGGCUAAGCAGUUCCGCCAGCCUCAGCCGUCUCUUGGAGACGCAUUCCCAGAUGCUGAUGAUGUUCCUUCUACAAGGCAGUUACGGGGGCAGAUGCGGGCACAGAUGCGGGGACAAGUGCGCAGUCUGCAUACAGUAGGUCUGGGGCGAUGAGGUGACAGGACGAGUUGCAUUUACUGUAUAAUAUGCACGAUACCCAAACUCAUAGACGGAGAUGUUGUACAAUAUGUAACAUUAAAACGGGUCAGCAUUGAAAAGAUGAUU